CCUGGGGCCGCCGUGGUGUUGUCCGCCGGGGGUGGCGGUGGCGGUGGGGGUGGAGGUGGGUGCAGACGCCGUGACUUGGAACGUCGUGGGGGCGGUGGUCGGGGGGCCCCCUGCCUCGCCACCAUCAGUUCCUCUGUUGCCGGAAGUGCAGGAGGUUGUGGGCCUGUGGUGGGGCUCCCCUCCUAUAAAAAGCGUCAAGGUAGCGGGACCGCAUGGAGCCGUGGUAACCGUAGCCAUGGCAGAGGUCGCGGGGGCGGCGUGAACCUACUCGGUUCAGGCGUCGCCCCCGCGAAUUACGCUCCAGGACUGCAGGGCGUAGCGCCUGAACUGCGAGAAGUCGUGAAUAUCCUUGGCGAAAGAAACCAAGUAGGCACGCUCACAGGAGUGGGACCACCACCGGGUUCUCUGGACAACGACAUCCAGGGGGACGAGGAAGAGGGCACUGUGCCGAAGAGGCCACCGAGACCACUCUACAGGAGGCUAAUUAAUUACGUUCGGCAGGCUUGGACCGGUGUGAAAUUUGCUUUAGAUUCGGAAUACGAAGAGGAACAGACACCACGAUAUAGACCGGAUUCCUUGGCAAGCCUUUGUAGAGCUACAAGAUUCACCGAAGCCGAGUUGAAGAGAAUAUAUCGUGGCUUCAAGGCAGAAUGUCCCACGGGAGUUGUGAGGGAGGAAACUUUCAAGUGUAUCUACUCACAGUUCUUCCCGCAAGGUGCCAACACUAGCCAAUACGCGCAUUACGUUUUUAAUACCUUGGACCAGGAUCAUAGUGGUAUUCUCAGCUUCGAGGAUUUUGUUACCGGUCUCAGUAUACUCUCUCGUGGUUCUAUCGAUGAAAAACUGCGUUGGACAUUUUCCCUUUACGAUAUCAACGGCGACGGCUGUAUCACAAGACAAGAAAUGACGGACAUCGUGACAGCUGUAUACGAGCUGAUGGGGAAAUUUGCUGAUCCAAAUUUGGACCACCAAGGCGUACGUGAGAAAGUUGAUCGAAUGUUCCAGAAAAUGGACGGGAACAAGGACGGAGUGGUGACGCUGGCUGAAUUUUUAGAAGCUUGUCGAGCGGACCCGGAUAUCUCGACUAGUAUGGCAGCUCUGGAUACGGCCUUCUGACACUCGGCACGACCACGAUACACUCCAUGGACCUGAAGAGAUUUGUCGGUUUGAGAAUAAAUCGCUCAACGUUGUACACUCGCUUCUCGGAGUAGGUAGCGAGAGAAUUUCCUCGAAGGUGUUUCAGGGAGGUCCCUAGCGAUAGGGAAGACGAGUCUCGGCGCGCGCGAACUUCCGCGACCGAGGCGUCUCGAAAGAAAACGACCUAGAUAUUUUUCCCGUAACUUGUUGAAACUGUGGCGCCCGGCCACGUUAAAGCAUCCAACACGAGGAAACCGAGAAAAGAAAGUAUCUCGUCAGCGUAUCGCUUUUAUCGAGGCGAUUUUAGGUCAAACGACGAAACCGAUCUCUUCUGAACCGAAGGUCGCAUGAAAUGAGAAUCGUGAGAAUCGAAGUUACCCAUUUCCGAAAAAUUUCUAGCUGUAGUAUAUCGAUGUGCGUGUCACUAGAGGCGGGAGGUUUAGAUGAAAUGGAUUAAGAGAAAAAGAAAAAAAAGAAAAUAGAGAAAAAUUCGAAAAAAAGCCAAGAAAAACGAUAUUUCGUGAUUGUUAGUAGUUAAAGAGUGAAACUUGUUAUGGACUGUUCCCAGUAGUUCGUUUUUAAGGAACGCGCGCUACAAACGAUGAAUGAACGUGUAAAGUUAGGACGAAGCUGCUAAUAGAGGUGACGCCAUUCCUAAAUGACAAUGAAAUUAACGAGUAUUCACUUGAACACGAGUGGAGGUCGGUGUUUAAUGUAAGAGAACCAGAUUGAUGUUCGUGUUACCACGGUGCGUCUUAGGAGAAGGAGGAAAGAGAGGAACGACCAUUUUUUGUGAAAUAGCUGGUUAGUAUUUUCGUCAUACCGGAAGGUAUUCCAAAUUGGACACUCGAUGUACACUGUACGCGACAUUGUUUGCGUCGUUCUACGGGAGAAACAAAAAACACGGAUAUACCUGAAUACAGUGAUCGUGUGCAGGUCUAAUAAUUGAGGUUCGCUUUCUGCAAUUCUUCAUUCUCUUCGUUCCGUCUGGCUUAAAGGGAAACAACGUCUCGAGAAAAACGGUUUAUCACGUCGAUCUCUUUUUUUAUACUAAGAAACACGAUAUCGAAACUUAGAUUCUCAAAUGCUUCCGUAACAAUGAUGACGUAGUUCAAUUUUUUACGAUGAUCGUAAUUUUUUACGAAGCUUACGAGUGCUGAACGUGGACAUCGCAUUGAGACACGGUCAAAACGGUAUACACGGUUCAUUUUGCUCACGAUUAACGAAGUAACUUUUCCCUCUCCUUUGUUUUCCAAUGCCAUCACCGGCGAAAAAACGCAUGUGCAUGUGCAGUAAUGCUCGCUUAAAUUUCACAAUUUCGGGUCCCAACAGUCGAAUUUAACGAAGUAGAAAAAAAAGGAGAAAGCUAUCUGCUUCCAGGCAUUGACUCGCGCACAGCCUGACAAAGACAGAGAACCAAUAUAGUGAGCGGAAGCGGGAUAGACACAGACCAUCAAGUAUCGAGGGUCGAGACGCGGGACUUCAAAGCGAUGCCACACGAGUCAAAUAUAAACAUGCAAUGAAGAAAAUUUCAAUUAUAGUAAUUUCAACCUUAUCUUCUCAAAUGCAGUGUCAGUGAAUUUUUGAAAUUGUUCUGUUUAAAAUGAGUCCAAAUACGGCAGAUAUCGAACUAGUUUUACCAACUUAAUGUAAUUAACGAAAUUAAGAGUUCAUUUACAUCAAAUCGAUAAAACUAAACCGAUCUACAUCGUGUUUGGAUUCAUUUUAAUGAGAAGCAUCUCAACAUCCCAUCGGUACUACGAUUAAGAAGGUAAAGUUAUAAUUAUUGCAAGUGCAUAUUUAUACAUCUCUUUAACCUGUAUCCGUCUCCGUUCCCCUGAUUGUAUUCAUUUUCUGUCCCUGUUUACUGGGAUUACAUAGAGUGGGGAUGGUGCAAUGGAAUUAAGCCGAGUAAAUUUCUGUGGAAUUUAAGCGAGCAUCACUCUACUAUUGGGAGAUCUUUUGAUGGCUAAGAUAAGGAAUGCGACUGAUUGAUUAAUUUUCAUGUUUUCUCACUCAGUCUUUUGUUUUCCCUGAUUGAUAUUAUUUUCAGUCACUAAUUUAUUAUAUCGAUUACACGUAAUCAAUCAAAUUUGUAAAACUGUAAACUAGAAAAAGACUUCUUGCCCCUAUACUAUAGACAUCAAGUUAUCUCCCAACUGUAGGUACACACGCAUUCGCAUCGCACCCCGUUUGCUCGCGUCACGUAUAAGCUGGCAAACCGAAUUUAAUUCGCUCCACGCGUGUAUCUACGAUUGCGAGAAAGAACGCAGCUCCAGACAUGAUUCAGUGAUUUCGUAGUUGUCGUAAACUGGCAUUAAUGCACUUUCAGUUGCACAACGAGACGUUAGCGAGCGGAGAUAGGUCACGUAUUCGACGCAACCAGCUCUUUUGAGCCGUCGUUGCUGGUUAAAACGGGUAGUAUUAAUUUAUUUAGAACUUUGUAACGAUAAUAACACAUAAAUCGGGGGCGUAUAACACUUUACCAGCCGUUUAUAACAUAGGUGAAACGAUAAAUCCAAUCAUUGUUAUUUGUGCUUAACUUUUUCAAUGAUACAAUUUCCUGUGGUGUUCACUUCAAAGACCUGAUUACUUAGAGUAUUCAGUUUGAAACAAUGAAACACACUUUAAUACUGGAACUACUGAACAAUUGGAGUGACUUAUUAAUGAUUUUUUUUUCUAAUAAUUAGGAGGAUACAUUUCUUAAGAUUUGAAACAUCUCUUAUCAUUGUAUCUGUACAAAUAUUCAGGAAUUUAUUUCAUAAUCUCUCACAAAAGCAUCUUUACAAUUUCGAUGCGUGUAAAAUACAAAUUUUUGAAUGGGUCUUUUUCAUUUAGUUUAUAAUUUUGUCACUGAAUCUAUAUUUAUGUAUUGGUAAAGAAAUGCAAUCAUAAUACUAUUGUUUCACUAAGUAAAUCAAUGAGACCACAAAAAAUUUAAUCUUGUCCUUCAUUAAUUCAAAAUUAAUCCUCGACCUACUUUUUCUGCUAAAUUUCAUUAUCAAAUUUGAUUUUCUUCUAUAUUUGUAAUAUGCUUUAUAACGUCCAAAUUACUCUUUCAGAAUACGAGAUUUCAGUUAUAAAAAUUUUUUCUGGACCAUCAAAAGCAACAAACAAAUUUAAAAUGUAAAAUUCCCUUUUCACAAAAUUGUGUAUACUUAAUUUCAUCAUGAAUGCUGUGAAAAUGUGUAAAAAGUUAUCUUUUUAGAGAAAAUAAUAUUUUAUUUUUAGAGUACAAUUUUUGAAAUAUUAACUAUGAACUCCUUCAAACAAGAAUGAAUAUAUUACGUUCUAUUAAAAUAUCAGGCUGUUAUCAAUGAAGUAGAUAAUUUCUCUAAUAAGUAUUGGCACACUUGAUCAUAUUUUUUUAUGAGAGUCUCAUGAAAAUCUUGAGAAAAUUUUAUGAAAAUUUUUUCAUAAAAAUCUUAUAAAAAUUUCCUAUGAAAAUCAUUAAACAAUAUUCCUACUUUAAAUUUUUGUUUUAAAAAUAACAUAAAUACUUUGUGCCAGAUCUCUAAUAACAAAAUGAAAAUAUUCUUUCUAUAUAUUUCCAUGACAGUAAUGACGCCUGAAUUCAAUUAUCUAGAUUCGUAGAUCGCUGUUGUUUAUACAUAAAAGAAUCCAGGAUUGAAUGGUACAUCCAGAUAAGUCAUCAUGCAAUAAAAAAUCGAGAAUAUAGAAUAACAUACACAAAAAAAAUGUUUAGUAGUAAAAGAUAAAUUUGUGAGAAAUAUGUCUUGUUACGGGUUAUCGAUUCAUUUAUUAAAUAAUUGAGGAAUGAAACUUAUUUGUUUUUUCUUUGUUCCUUACAAAAGAAUACAAAAUAAUGUUCAAAUUCAAUUUUCUCGAAAAUUAAAUAUGGGACAAACAAAUUUUAUUUUAUAUCUUUUUCUUAUUUUUUCAUAGAAACAUACCCUCUACCUACUUGACGUGUUCUUCAAACGCACCCAGGGCAUAUAUUAACUUGAGCUCGCUUUAUAUUUUGAGUUCUCAAUGUAAACGUAUAUACUUUGUUCAUCUUACUGCAUCAUUGCUGUCAAUCCAGUUAUUUUAAUACAAUUAUUAAUAUCAUAGAAGAAAAUAUAUUGGUAGACGAGUGAAAAAUAGAUUAAAAGCCACUAACAUAAAUAAACGACAAUCGGCAUUAAAUGCUGAACAGUCAGAUUACUCUUAUACUUGAAUCAAAAUAGAAACCCAGGUUUUAUUCGAGAAUGAACAAAUUAUCUAAACGUUUCAUUACGUGAAGUAUCAUAACAAAUGAUGGUAUCAGUAUUAGCUUGUAAAUUACGGUCAGUAACGUACGGUGGGUAAAGUGUUAACUUAAACGUGUGACAAAUAUUAGAAAACAAAUAAACAGCGAGUAUAGGCGAGAAGAAAUUAGCGCGAGUCGUAGAAAGUAUAUCGUAAAUCCCGCUAGAGCAGCUGGUCAUGCUAGGCCGGACUUAUUGUUUCUAGCGUGUAAGCGAGUAGAUUUAAGUGACAUAAUAGAAGUAUUUAUUUUUGUGACAGGUAAGUGAGUUAUUAAUCAUGGUAAGAUACUAGCUUAUAAAGACUGUGUGCUGCUAAAGAGUAAGAGAGAGAAAGAGAGAGACAGAGAGAGAAAGAGAGAGAGAGAGAGAGAGAGAGAGACAUCGAUGAAGAUAAAGAGAGAAAGAGAGAGAGACAUCGAUAAAGGCGAAGAGAAACGAACGACAAGAAAAAAAGAGUGACAGGAUGAUUUUACUUAAUUUUCCAUUCAUCCGAUCAUUGAUUAGGGACUCUCACGGUACCGUAUUUUAUUGUGGUUAACAACGUUGUGCGAUGACUGGACCAAAGCAUCCGCAACGAACGACGACGAUCCUCAAAAUAUAUUUAAUCAUUUCCAUCACUGCCUACUUCUGAUCGUAACUGUAAAUAUGAUGCGUUUACUUAGCAAAACGGAACAAAUUCAACGGUGCAUCGAAAAGUUCAAGUCUGUGUAGUGCGUUCGAAAAGAUACGAGCAACAGAAACGAGGAAAAUGUUUAAUGGGUACGUUCAGUCAUCCUAGAGAAGAUUGGUUAAAUUUUCCUUUUCGUUGUGUACAUCUUAUGAUUACGGGGUACAUCGGGGAAUACAGCUGGCUUCUUUCGAUAUUUCUCAACCGUUUCUUUACGAAAACACGGUCGAAAAGUGCCAAAUGAUCGUUCUCCUUUCAUUUCAGCUGAGAAAGUGAAUUACGCUUUUCGAUUUUUACAUAACAAAAAUUCGAACCAGUGCGCGUUCCAUUGUUCUAUUUCGAAGCAGGUAAUAACGAAAAUAAAAAUCAAUAAUUAGAAACAAACCAAAUCACUAAAUUUAAUCCUAAAACUAACAAACAGUUAAAUUGACUUUUUAAAAUUCCUGUAUAGGAACUUCAAGAGUACAUCUAUUGAGACUUUAAUUGAUUUAUAACUCAGUUGACGUAUUGCUAAACCAAUUUCUUUAAUCAUUUCUCAGAAAAACAUCUGUUGCCUUUUUACAAUUGUAAAAUGAAAAAAUCAGGAAUGGGUCAUGUAAUUGGAGCGAAAGGUAUAGUUCAUAGGUACAUAAAAAAGAAAGUUUCGGAAGAAGAAGACAUAUUCCCCUUAUACUACUGCUAGGAGGUUACUUGAUGGCUAGGCUGAGGAAUUCAGCUGAUUCAUCAGUUUUGAUUUGUCCAAUUUUAUGUUGGUUUAUUUCCUAAUUCCUGAUAUUUUCGUACACUCAUUUGCUAUUCAUCAAUACGGUUACAUAUAACCAAUCAAAACUAUAAACCUGUAAACUAGGUUUGUUUCACUAGACAUCAAGUCAUCUCCCAAUUGUACACAUAGAACUGAAGCAUCUUUUUAAGACGUAGUGUCAGCCUUACGCGUUCUUCUGAGUAUUUAGGUACUUGGAAUGUUGUGACGUCGACAUAUUCGAAUAAAAAUCACGCGAUGCAUCCGUAACUAAUUGAAAAGUACUGGACAAUGAUAAAGAGAGUCGGUACGAGAGGGAAACAAGCGCAAGCAAAACAAGUGUUGCGAUUUCUCCAAUUUUUAGCAGCGCCUACACUUACAAUUAGAACAUAAGAUUUAACGUAUAGACUGAGGCAAACGUCGACGCUUGCCUCGUAUCAACUCGAUCACUACCGCAUGUCUUUGAAGUUACUGAAAUAAGUAUAAAAAAAGACAAAAGGAACGGGGAAAUUGCGUUAUCUAGUUAUUUUCAAUAUCAACCAAAUCUUAGACCUAGAUCUCGGAGAAGGUACAUAAGACACUGCUUGUACACACCAUGUUGAUUGAGAAUACGAUAGGUCUAGUGUGUCUCUGGAUUUCGAUUUCUUUCGUUCACGAACAAUAUCGAACCGAAUCACAUUAUUUUCGAAUCGAUAUUACGUAGAUUAAUCGUACGAUACGUUUCUAGAGAACAGAAAACGAGAAAUUCUGUAACUAAACGGAUGUCAGCGGAGGAAGUAAUUACAAAAGGUUCGGUUUUCGGAAAUACGAUCCUAUUAUAUGUAUGUUAGCUCUAUCCUAUACUUAAUCGAUGCACGUACAGAAAUGCACACGAAGACGUUCAUGCUAUUACUAACAGCGAAUCGUCUUAUCUUACUUAUAGCGUGUCUAGAACUUUACGUCGGUAAGGCCCUGUAUGUAUGAUUAGAAAACAAUUGCAACCGAUAAUUGUUACAUGAUUGUCGACCGAUAAACUGAACUUCUUAUAUACGUAUUCGACGUGUCACAUAGAGCGCUUCGGUGGGAAGAUUACGAUGGAAAAGAAACAAACAAGCAGGUUGGGAAGAAGAAUUUAAACGAAUAGUUCACAUUGAUUCCAAAUGAAAUUGGCGAUCACGCUCAUGACAAAUGUCAAAAUGUGAUUAUAAGAAUGUGCAUCGUAGGGAUACAGUACAUAUACAAUAUCACAAGCAAACUAAUCAGAUAAUAGAAAUUUUACCUUCUCGAGCAAUUUAGCGGACAGAGUAUUUUUCUGGAAUUUUUCCAAAGGACCAGAACUCGUAUUUUCUAAGGUGCAAUCAAGGGAAAAUAUCGAAAGCGUUUCUCUUAAGUUCAUUGAUGUAGACAAUAAGAAUAAAUUCGAGGUGACAUUUGUAUUUUAUCGAAUACGUGAAGCCGAGUCUACAUCUGUACAACUGCGCGUCCCGUGCGGGCCUAAUUGCGAAACCCGGUGAAAAGAAUCGAUUUUAUUCAACGUUCACCAAACGAACCGACCAACUAUGCUGCCAGGAACUGUAUAGUACGUAUUGGGCUCAUGUACUUUAAUAUUAAUUCUUCUGCAUUUUAAGUAGUGGCUCGUGAUAUUAUGUUAGACACAAAGCAACUUUAACGAGUAACAUUUAUAUGCUUCCAUUAAUAACUGAUCUACUUAUAUUUUUAUUUACUUUUCUGAAUGUUGCUUUGCUUUGCUGCCUAUGUCAGAUUUUUUAACGUAUUCCUUAGUUCUUAUAAACGAUGAAAAUCCAUUUUAUUUACAGCUUCUCUUCGUAAUUUGUUUAGAGAGUAAUUCCGGGAGAGAUGGUCACAUAUUUUCGUUGAAACGCAUUUGAAUGAAAACUAAAAGAAUUAGAAUACUGGAUUUGAUUUCUAACCAAAUUUCAGUUACUUUCUUACAAAAUAAUCAAGAACAAUUAAAAUUACAAAUGAAAAACACAUCAAUUGUAACUGUAAUUCUACGAAUUACAUACACAAGAUAAUUGAUCUAGCUAUCUCUGCCGUGUUGCCACCUCCGGAAUGUUCAAAAUGUGCUGUUUUAGUUGUUCGUAUAUUUCGUUUAAACUACAUUUUUAUCAUUUUGUGUAUCUUGCUACAUGAAAUCGCACAGCAUUCAACGUAUUAACAAAAAGCAAACUUUUUUUCUAUCUUUGAUAAUAUCUUUAAUCCAUUUUCAUUCGACUUUUCAGUAUACUUUUUUAUAUAUUACCAAGGUAACUCUUAUAUGUUCUAGCUAAUAUAGAAAAAUAUUUUUUUUCUUUUAACUUUUGUUACACAUUUUGCUCAUCUUCCAUGAUGAAAAUCUCAAAUCUGUUUUCGUAUUCACGAAUGUUCUAUAAAAGUUAUAUAAACUUUCUUUUGCACGCUACUGUGGUUAUAUCUAUAUUUAUUUUGGUUGCGAACAUUAAAUGAAUCCAAUUAAAGGUACUCAAAGAUACGAUAAUCUUAAAACUAAUUACACUUGCAUAUUAAAACCAGAAUCUGUCGCGAUAAUGAAAACACGAUUAGUUUAAAUUAACCACAAUUCCCAGAAAAAUACUAAAAUAUACAUCAUAAAAUUAUAUAUUAAACCAGUGAUUUCCAAACUU